CGUAAUGAUAGUCACUUUGGUUCAGCAAAUUAUGGGCACAAAUCGACUGUACGAGAAAAUCAACGGUGAUAGCAAACCACGUAGGAAACCGUAAAAGAAAAAGGUGUACACCACUAAAAGCAACGAGCGACGACAUGAUUUUCGUGGCGCGAGAAUAUUAGUUUUAGUGUAUUCUAGUAAGGAUGACGUCACAUGUAACCAACAUGUGAGCCCACCAGGUGUUACUUUCAAAGCUGUUGAAGAACAUGUUUCGUGUAGUCAACUACCGACGUUUUAUCUUUGCCCUCGCAUUUCUGACAACAUGCGCUGUGAUUUUGGUAUUCCAUUCGAAAGGUAAAAAGAACCUGGCAGAAUUACUGCUUACAUCGGAGACGGUCGAUCCGGGUGAACGGCCACCCAGCAAACGAAGAGAACCGAUGGAGAUUUUCUUUAUCGAAAGCUCGGGCCAUUCUUGCCUAACAGCUCGCCAAGCAUGUGGAAUCGAAUCGGCUGCCAGAGCAAAUCCACAAGCAAAAAUCUCCGUGUACGUGCAAAACACUCCGGUAAAUCCGAGCUGGCCAGAAACUUACCAAGAUGGACAAGAUUUAUCCAAUUGCCCCAUCACUCGCGUUUUACUCCAGAAAAUGGCCAACGUUCGUGUGGUGCAAGAAAAUUUGCUACCCCAUUUGCAAGACACACCGCUGUGGCAGCUGUACACGACUGGAUCGUUCAAUAAAUCGACCUGGAGGCCGUUUCAUCUGAGUGAUGCAGUUCGAGUUGCAUUGCUAUGGAAAAAAGGUGGCCUCUAUCUCGACUUGGAUUGCAUCGUUUUACGCUCACUGGACAGUUUAAACAACACUGUCGGUACGGUGGAUUAUUCGAUACCCAACUGGGUCGAAAACGGUGUCAUGGCUUUUCCAUCCGGUCAUCCUUUUCUUCAUUUUCUAAUGAAAUAUAUGGUAUUGGCCUUUGAACCGGACAGAUACAUGAGCCUCGGUCCUGAAACCCUCACGGAGGCUAUUCGCUAUUUUUGCGACCGUGAUGACGAUUUGUUAAUCGACCAAUGGAUGUUCUGUUGGCAUCGUUCUUCAAUAUUCAUCCAACAGUCACGUUCUUUUUACGCCAUCCCCGGUGCACGCCUGAACGCUUUUUAUCAACCGGAAUUUGAUCCAGCUGAUUGGGACAUGUUACAUCGGUAUAGCUUCCUGUCACACAUUUACGGAUCUGGCCAUGGCCAGCAUGUUCCUCCCGGCUCAUUGUAUGCCCAGCUAGCUGUCAAAUAUUGUCCCACAAGCUUCAGAUUGGCAACGGAAACUAGCAGUCAGUUUUGAGUGAAGAUUUUUUGGGUUUUAUGAUUCUAUCUAGAACAACGGGAAAUGCUUUAAACAAUCUAGUGUCCUUUACUGGUUGAAAAAGCAUAACUUUGGCCGUCAUGGCUUAGCUAACGGAAUUUUGUUUCCAUCAUCAUGAUCACUUUUGAGUUUUAACUAAAUUUUUUAUUGAAAUAUGUA